AUACCCCAUGUUCUCUCCAGGCAACUUUCCGUAGUGUUACAGCUCUUUUAGAAUUUGUCUAGCAGGUUUUCCGGUUUUUACCGGAAGACCCUCUCCACAGUUCGUUUUUAACAAUAGAGGUGUGUCAGCCAUAGUGAUGGUUUCUCUUUGUAUUAGUUUUUUUCGAGUGUUGGGUGAUCCGUGUGAGUGGUUUUCCCCCUCCUGAGAUAUUUCGGCGGCUUUGCCGCGUUGCACUACGCCGAGAGGUUUCCUCGGCUUCCGGCUGCGGCUGAUGCUGCUUCCCUUCCACCCCCGUCAGUUUUGAGAGCACCCUAGGAUUAGGCAGCUCGCUUUUCCUGGGCAUUUCUUGGGCUUCGCUGUACGUGCAGCUUUUGUUACCCUAUGGCGUCCGCCUCGGCCCAACCGGCGGCCCUGAGCGCCGAACAAGCCAAGGUGGUCCUGGCCGAGGUAAUCCAGGCGUUCUCGGCCCCGGAGAACGCCGUGCGCAUGGACGAGGCUCGGGACAACGCGUGCAACGACAUGGGCAAAAUGCUGCAAUUCGUGCUGCCUGUGGCCACGCAGAUUCAGCAGGAGGUUAUCAAGGCCUAUGGCUUCAGCUGCGACGGGGAAGGUGUCCUGAAGUUUGCCCGCUUGGUCAAGUCUUAUGAAGCCCAGGAUCCCGAGAUUGCCAGCUUGUCGGGGAAGCUGAAGGCGCUGUUCCUGCCGCCCAUGACAUUGCCUCCCCACGGGCCUGCUUCUGGCGGCAGUGUGGCUGCCUCCUGAGGGUCAGCCCUCCCGGGCGACACUGCCCAGGAAGGGAAGACCUUAAUGUUCCGGAGGAUAAUAAACGUGCCUGUGACUUA